AUGCGCGGCACAUCAUCAUCAAGAUCUUUCACGAAGCUCGCGCGACGAUUCGCGCUCGGCGCGAUCGCGGCGUUGGCGCUGCUUUCCGGCGCGCUCGCGCAGGAAGGCGUUCCUGUUCCCGCGGAGCCGAUAAACAUCAACGGUAUGCCGGCUGAGGUUGUGGAACCGAUCCCGGUGGAUCCGAUGCCGGAAACGAUCGCACCGGCACCUGCGCCGGAGAUGGCGGACGCACCGAGCGCGGGUAUGAUCGAGCGUACCGUGGUCGACGUUGCUCUCGAAGACGCUCGUUUCGCCACGCUCGUAGCCGCGCUGACGGCGACGCCCGAUCUGCUCGAACAACUUGAGACGGCGGGACCGUGGACUGUGUUCGCGCCCACUUCAGAUGCCAUCAUGACUUUCUUGAACGAGAACGGACUCACGGCGGAGGAACUGUUGGCUUCGCCCGGACUCGGCGACGUGUUACGGAAGCACAUUGUGGCGGGGUCGUUGCUCGCCACGGACGCUGUCGCCGCCGUCUCAGCCGGACCGAUCGCCGUCACCACGCUCAAUGGGAGUAUUGAUGCUCGAUUAGUCGAGGGAAUUCUGUACGUCGGUGGCGCUGCGGUGGUCCAAACGGACAUCUUGGCGGAUAACGGCGUCGUGCACGUCAUCGAUCGCGUGAUUCAAUAA